UGGAUAAUGGAGGCUCUGAGCAUUCUAAUUGCAACACUAUGUUUAUGCGCCAUCGUCAUCACCCUUGCUAUAUUUGAGAAUCAUACACUCCUGGAUUGGCCAUUCGCUAUCACCAUCAAUUCUCUUAUCGCCGUAUUUACUGCGGUGUUUAAAGGAUCUCAGUUCAAAUGGACAUGGUACAAACAACCACAUUUUCUUGUCGACAUUGAACGGUUUGAUAUGGCGAGCAGAGGCCCAUGGGGUUGUGUUAAGCUACUAGCAAGUCGAAUUCCGGGCUAUAACACGCCAUGGCUAGCCAGUGUGGGUGCUCUAGUCACCGUCGCUACUCUCGCUGUAGAUCCUUUCUCACAGCAAAUCGUCCAGCAAUAUAGUUGCAUGCGGAUUGAUCCGGUGGCAGAGGCCAUGAUUCCAAGAGCAAAUAAGUACUCGAAAGCCGGUCUGACAUAUAAUGAGGUCGACUACGAUAUUGAUGGGCAAAUGUCCGUUGCUAUUUACAUGGGACUACUAAACCCUCCAAAAGACAGCGCAGCAAGUAUCACUGCGAGAUGUCUAACAAACAACUGCACAUUCCCUGAAAUUCGUGGCUCGACAUUCUCAACCCUAGCCAUGUGCGGUUUUUGUGCAAACAGCACAGAUAAAAUCAUAAACGAAACCACGGAAACUCCACGCUACAGCCUACCAUCUACAGCAAGUACAGAAAGACAAGUUAUAGAGGACUCAAUCGUGUUUUCCUCAAAAUCCCAAUAUAAAUCCGGCAACAGGUCCAGCCAACUCUACACAUUCGACAGCUUAAUGUGGAGAUGCAAAGAAGAGGGUUCUUGUUAUACAAGAGAGACUUGGGAGCCGUUUGCUCUCACAUGCUCACUUAACCCUUGCCUUAAGACUUUCCGGGCAAAUACGAGCCAUGGCGCGUACGAAGAGGAAGAAAUAUCCUCUGAGAAUCUUUCCGAGUGCCUCUAUGAACAACCGGCUGGCUACCUUAUCGUCGCAAAAGACACUAUUAGAGACGGCGCCUGGAAGUCUUGCGAUCCAUCAGUGAUAAAAACAGAGGACUACUUUAUACCCAUCGACACGACGAAGAACAGGUGGUUGGGACCAUUUUCCAACGAUCGUGGACAGCAAUUGAUGUGGUUCACUCAAGAUUGUGUAUACCGAUUCGACCCCCUAGCAGUAAGAGCAAUACAUCCGUUUUUGAAUGGGUUGUUCAACGACAAAAGCCUCGACUCUCACGUUAACCAAAGUAAUUACCUAUCAGCUCUACCAGCUUUGUCACAUCAAUUACCUCUAUCACAGGCGACGGGCGACAUGUGGCUUAAGAAUUUCUACCGCAACGGAACCCUAACCACAGAAACUGCGAAUAAAUACAUGGAGGCUCUUGCAAAUUCCAUGACGGGAGUUAUCCGCCAGCAACCCAACGACACAGAAGACAUGCGGUUUGUAAAGGGAAAAACAUGGAGGACGCAAACAUGCAUCCGUGUACGAUGGCCAUGGCUGAGCUUCCCGGUAGCACUGUUAGGCCUUGGGAUAUUAUUUACGAUGGGUAUCGAGCUCACCACUCGUCGCGGAACAUGGCGCAGAGAUUGGAAAUCUUCACCGUUGGCCUUGCUUUUCCAUGGCCUGGACGAGAAGACGAGACGCAAGAAAGGUGAAUUGAAGCGGAAAGAUGAUAUGUAUGCCGCUUCAAAAGAAAUCAAAGUACGUUUGCGGAAGGUAGAUGAAGGAUGGCGAUUUGUC